AUGCGCGACACUACAGAGGAACCGCGUACGCCCAUUUCUGCAAGCAGUGCUAUGAGCAUGGGUGGACGGCGCGUGCCGUUACCCGCAGUCAAGGGAACUAUGGGUGGAAUUGAAUCACCCCGCCGUGAGCUGUUCUCGCCUGCGUCUACUCUCCGCGCCUCAACUUCCCCCGCGUCCUCGACGCACGGCGACUCCACCACCACAGUAACCGCGGCGCCUAACGCCAAGGACGCCCCACCCGCUCUCAUCUUCCGCGCCGACCCGCGCAUGACCACGGCAUUUGACGGCAUGCCGGAGGGCGCCGACGCCAUCAAGGCCAAGUUUGGCGUGUAG